UGAAGCCCGUCAGCUAUGUUCGGCUUUUCCGUGUCUCUGGGGGAGCCGAACAGCAGGGAUACAACCUCUAAAGUGAAACUAAAACACAUUGCAGGUCCACCAUGGCUGCUUCUCUUUCAGGCCUCAAUGGAUUUUAUGGAGGAUUUGAUCUGUUCCAUUUGUCUAGAAGUGUUUAAGCAGCCAGUGAUUCUGAAAUGUGGCCACAAUUACUGCAAGUCUUGUAUUGACAAUGUGUGGAAAAGUGAAGGCACCCCAAAAUGCCCAGAAUGUCGAGUUGUAUGCCUUGAGAAGACUUACACUUUCAAUCGAAUACUCUGUAGAAUGUCACAGAAAGCUUGUAGCUGGGACCUGGAGCAAGCUGAGGACAUAAAUAAUUUAAGUCUUAGAGUAACACAGUUAGAUUUACAUGCUGCGAGAGACCUCCAUCUGUGUGAAGUACAUAAGGAGGGGCUGAAGCUGUUUUGUGAGGUGUGUGAAAGUCCAGUUUGUGUUAUUUGUAGAGACUCAAAGAAGCACGCCGGUCAUAAUUUUCUACCAAUUCAAGAGGCCGAACAGCAGCUGUUACAGAAAUACAAGAAUGAGAUUCUAGAUAUAUCUUUAAUACUUGAAUCCCAGCUGGAAGGUCUCAGAACACAAAAGAGAACACAAGAGCAGAAGAAAAUUGAUACUAAGAAUGACACCUGUGUUUUGGAGCAGCACAUUUCCUCUGAGUUUGCCAAAAUGUACCAGUUCCUCCAUGAAAAGGAAGAAAGUCUGAUCCAGCUUCUUAGGACUGAGGAGACACUGAUCAUUAAAGAGGUAGAGGAUAGCCUGGAAAAACUGCAAAAGAAGAUAGAUGUCAUCCAGAAGACAUUUAAUGAUAUCCAGUCGUUGCUAUGUGAUCAAGAUCCGGACAACAAUGCUCUACUUAAGGUUGCAAGAAACCUUAUUAAAGAGAGCCAUAAAGAAAUGCUAGAGAAUGCUGAUUCCAAAGGCAAAGCUUUGUCCACUAACCAGAGAUUGGGGGUGUUUCGAGGCCCUCUACAGUACAGUGUUUGGAAGGAAAUGAAAUCUAUUAUUAAUCCAGCACCAUCUUCACUUUUUCUGGAUCCUGAAACUGCAAAUGAUCAACUUACUAUUUUUGAAGACCAUACUGCAGUUAGCUACAGUUCCACCCAUAAGCAGUAUUCUGAUAGCACAAAGAGGUUCUUACGCCAGCUUGCUGUGCUCGGAUGUGAGGGAGUCAGGACUGGAAAACACUACUGGGAAGUUGUAGUAAACAACAAGAAUGAAUGGAGCAUAGGUGUUGUCAGAGAAUCUAUCGAAAGGAAGUUUAACCCACAGAAGAAACCUGAGGAAGGAUUCUGGAACUUGUACCUUAGAGAAUAUGAUGUGUACAAGGCCAUGGAUUCAUUCCCUCAUGUUCUCAGCUUGCCUAGGAAACCCCAGAAAAUUGGGGUGUAUCUGGAUUACGAGGGAGGGCAAAUAUCAUUUUAUGAUGCAGGUGACAUGUCACACCUGUAUACAUUCAAUGACACCUUCACUGACACCUUGUAUCUGUACCUAAACCCAUGUGAUAAUGAAUUUGCUCCUAACUUAGCCCCCCUGAAAUUAUUUCACCUAAGUCUGUAGUAAGAGCUGAUGAUAACAUGUGUUUAUGCUUGACAAACUCUGACAUUAAAGCAUGCUGGGAAAAUUUGGCCAGCAGACAACUUCCUAACAAGUAAAGAACUGUCAGUUGCAACACAAGUGCACAGCGUGUUAUAACCAUUAAAAAAAAUCCUUGUUGAGUCUUUUC